GCCAACGCUCCUGACGGUUAUUUCCACUGGUGACUGGGCCCGCCUUCUUCUUCUUCUUCCUCUUCUUUCCCCCUUUCCAAUUCCUUCGUAAACUCCGCCGUAAAUGCAAAACAAAAACAAAGAGACACGUUCCCAAUUUCCCACCCCCCUUCGCCUUUUUAUUUCUCAGCCCCAUUUUCCCUCUCUCUUUCUCUCUCAAUUGCGAGAUCAUCUCUUUCUCCUCUCUUAGACGCACAUCUAGCAACUCACAUUCGAUCUUCAGCCCCUCUCUCUCUCUCCAAGAGACCGUCUCUGCAUUCCCCAUUCGCUUUCCUCUCAAACCCAGAACGCACAUACCUAUGCAUACAUAUAUACUUAUAUAGUCCAUCAACGAAGAACAAAGAAACAAAGCAAUUGCCCAUAGGACGAAAUAAAAAGAGCAGAGAGUCCGUUCCUAUUUCCCCACCAUGGCUGCUACGGCUUUUUCCGCUUCCAAAUUCACGCAAUCUUUCUCUCUCAAUUCCACCAGAUCUGUCGACAGACCCCCCCUCUUCCCUGCUUCUCAUCCCCUUAAAACCACUCCCUCCUCUUUUCUCGGGUCCACCCGCAAGCUCUCCCUCUCCAGUCCCUCAUCCUCCACCUCUCGCCGCCGCCGCCGCCCCAGCCGUUCCCCUGCCGUCGUUGCCGUCUCCGAGGUUGUCAAGGAGAAGAAGUCUAAAUCCAACGUUUCCCUCUCCAAUCCGUUGAUUACCAAUGAAGAAGGAUUGGAAUUGUACGAGGACAUGGUUCUUGGAAGAUCCUUUGAGGACAUGUGCGCCCAGAUGUACUAUAGAGGCAAAAUGUUCGGCUUCGUGCACUUGUACAAUGGCCAAGAAGCUGUCUCCACCGGCUUCAUUAAGCUUCUGAAGCAGGAAGAUUGUGUCGUUAGCACCUACAGAGAUCACGUCCAUGCCUUGAGCAAAGGGGUCCCUGCUCGUGCUGUCAUGAGCGAGCUUUUUGGUAAAACCACUGGCUGCUGCAGGGGCCAGGGUGGCUCCAUGCACAUGUUCUCCAAGGAGCACAACCUUCUCGGCGGCUUCGCCUUUAUUGGCGAAGGCAUCCCUGUUGCCACCGGGGCUGCCUUCACCAGCAAAUACAGGAGGGAGGUCUUGAAGGAGGCUGAUUGUGAUCAUGUCACUCUGGCCUUCUUUGGCGAUGGCACUUGUAACAACGGCCAGUUCUUUGAGUGUUUGAACAUGGCUGCGCUCUGGAAACUCCCCAUAGUGUUUGUUGUCGAGAACAAUUUGUGGGCCAUUGGGAUGUCCCACUUGAGGGCUACCUCAGACCCCGAAAUUUGGAAGAAAGGCCCUGCCUUUGGUAUGCCUGGUGUUCAUGUAGAUGGAAUGGAUGUUUUGAAGGUUAGAGAGGUGGCCAAGGAGGCAAUUGGUAGGGCCAGGAGAGGUGAAGGCCCUACUUUGGUUGAAUGCGAGACUUAUAGGUUUAGAGGACAUUCAUUGGCAGAUCCGGAUGAGCUUCGUGACCCUGCUGAGAAGGCUCGCUAUGCUUCUCGAGAUCCCAUCUCUGCCUUGAAAAAAUACAUGUUUGAAAACAAUCUGGCGAGUGAAGCAGAGUUGAAGGCUAUAGACAAGAAGAUUGAUGAGUUGGUCGAAGAUGCUGUAGAAUUUGCUGACGAGAGCCCUCUUCCAGCUCGCAGUCAGCUGCUGGAGAAUGUAUUUGCUGACCCAAGAGGCUUUGGAAUUGGACCUGAUGGGAGGUACAGAUGUGAGGACCCAAAAUUCACUGAAGGCACUGCUCAGGUCUAAAAUCUUUUUGCUGAAAUAUUAGCUCAGAGUAGUUUGAUGACAGCAUGAUUAUGUCUAGCAAUAACUGAAAACAAUCAUAAGCUUAUUUGUCAUUUGUAUUAUUAGUGUUGCUUACAUGAGAAGCAUUUUUUUUGUUUGGGCCACUGUUUCAAUUUUGUCUUACCUCUAAUAUCUCUCUAGUGCUACCGCCUUGUUGAUUGGAUCGAUGUAUGUUGGGAAUGACAAAGGCUAAGGGACCUAGUUUCCACUUUGAGCU